GACCGAGAGAGAAGGAUGGAGAUUUCACAUGUCAGCCACGAGCAUCCGCUGACCCUGUGUGCGAUGGAGGACACCGGUGAGCCUUGCAAUGGAUGCUCGAGACCCAUCUUCGAUCACGGCUAUGGUUGCUUAGACUGCGGCUUCCUCCUCCACAAGAAGUGCGCCAAGUUGCCUCGGAAAGUCCACCACCAUCUUCAUCCUAAACACCCUCUCUCACUCCUCUUCGAUCCAUCGGAAACGCCCCAGUGCAGCGUCUGCAAUAAAACUGGCUCCGGGUUUGUCUUUGAAUGCCAAGAUUGCAAAUACUACAUGGACGUGACCUGUUUCUUUAGGAAUCAGCCUUACCUUGAUCUCCCUCCUCUAGAAGGGAAAACAAGAAAGCUACAAUCACACCCUGACACUUUGUUACCUCACAAUCACACCCUGACACUCUGUUACCUCACACAGCAGAGUAAAAGGAAGUGUAAAGGAUGUGAACAGCAAAUUUUGGGUCCAGCUUAUUGCUGCAAGGAAUGCGAUCUGUUCACACUCCACAAAUCCUGUGCUCAAUUGCCACAGAAGAGAGAACAUCUUUUCCACCCUUCGCACUCCCUCACACUCUUUACAGAAUCACCUUAUCCUGGCUCACGAACAAUCUGUAACACUUGUCGGAAGAUCAUCCAAGGUUUUGUGUACCACUGUAACAUAUGUUCGUUCGACCUUGACUUGCUCUGCGCUUGUCUUACACCUUCACUGAAACAUGAGAAGCAUGAUCACCUCCUCGCUUUCUUCAAUGAAAUAAAUGAUCAAGUUUCAUGUAAUUCCUGCGGAAAAUCGUGCCGCAACAAUCUUUACAGAUGUGUUAGCUGCAAGUUCAAUGUGCACUCCACUUGUCUUCCCAGCGUUAAGCACAAACACCAUCCCCAUCCUCUUAAACUCAACGACUCCACUCCCAAGGAUGGAAGUAGGAUUCACUGCGCAGCAUGCAAGAAGAAGACAAGCCCAGAGGCCCAGGCUUAUUAUUACUGUGCAGAAUGCAGCUAUGGUGUUCAUCCUGAAUGUGUGGUCUCCGAGGACCAGCCCGAGAUAGGGAAACUUCUAGAAGACAUUGCAAGGGUCCGAGAAGAGCUAGAUGCAAUUGCCAGUCAGUUGAAACGGGACAGAGGAUCAGUAUCGAAGGAUGAUACAGCAUGAGCAACAGCAACGUGAGCUCAAGGAUGGGAUGAAGAAAGAAAGAUGAUUAGAUUGAUUAAAAAAUGUCAUAGCCCAAAACUAAGAAAAAACAAAAGAAAUUUCCACUACUAUGUAAAAGAGAGGUCAUAUAUCCUUUGCUCUAUUGAAAUCAUCACCUGAAUAUCAGUGAAACUUACUGGAGUCAGGUCAGAUUGUUAGGACUGCGUACUUGUGUCAUGCAUCUAGAUAUAUGCUCAUAAUGUAAAAGCCUAUCCUCAUGUGCAAAGUGAAGAUCAUCAUGCUCCUCAAUUAUCAGUAA